ACACACACACGCACACAGAAUCAUGAAUUCCUUCAUUCUCUUUUUGGCGAGCAUCGUCCUCUUGCAGUUGGUUCCCGCGCGCGCCGAGCUGAACGAAUAUCUGAACGAAAAACUGCGGCAGUCCAAGAAAGAACUCAUCAAGAUUCACAUCCGGAAAACAGCGCCAGCGGAAGACAAAUUGUAUAAACUACACUGGGACAGAUCAUGGCGGGUGCCUGUGACGAGCGAGUAUCAGCCGUUCACGAUAAGCACGUUCGACGGGAUAUUCGUUCUCGACAGCAAUCGAGUGAUGGCACCCUCUUUUAACGAGACCUCUCGGAACCAGACCCGCGAACCGUUGCGCCAAAUUGAUAAGAUCCGAGGAUCUCUCUCAGUUAAAUUCGUUAGGAGCAUUGUGUGGAAAGACAGCGCCUACUUGUUAAUAUGCCACGAGUCCGUUCUGUGCACUCUCUACACGAGAAUGUCGCAGGGAUCGCUGCGGUUUCGCCAGACCAUCAAAUACAGAAAGAUUCCCGUGGACGCGACGUUUUUCACACAAGCCGAUCAACUUUAUCUGGUCAUUGUUAACAAUGCCGACAAGUUUUCCGUACCGUCCGUAAUCUAUCGGUGGAGCGGCACGUACAUGGACGUCGUCGACGAGGUGAUGACGAUCGGCGCGACGUCGGUCAUCGCCUUCGCGCAUCGGCAAUCGACGAUCAUCGUGUUCGCGCAGAGCGACGACGAGAAUCCGCGCGUCGACUCCGAGGUGUACGAGUUCAAGGACAACAACAUCGUGAAGAUACAAUUUUUGGCGACCGCGCGACCGACUUCGAUGCAACAUUACGUUCACGGCGACUUCAACUUCGUGCUGAUGAUAAACGAGUUAGGACCGAGCGUUGUGCUCUGCUGGGACGGACAAGAGCUGUUGGAUUGGUUUAGUCUUCGUGAAAUUGAACCUCACAGUCUGACAAGCAUCUUUCACACGGACGGCGAUACUUUCGUAGUGGUGGCUCACAAUAAUAUCAUCCAGUUGUUUAAGUUCCACAGCACGUCCGAUUGGACGAAUGAAGAUACCAAACGAUUGGGAAACGAGCAAAAGAUAGUCGACUUGGCGGUGUCGGUGAACAAUUACACGAUGUCUGUGAUAUUGAUCGUUCGGGAGAAAGACACGUUCUUCGUGGAACACUGGGAGGCUAAAAUAACUUCGAUACCAAGAGAAAGUACCACCAAAAACGGAAACAACAAGUGCUUGUUGGAUCUGAUCGAGGCGUUGCACGCGAGAAUGCCAGCCAUAAGAGAAGCCGAGGCAUCCCACAAGUUUCUCUUCCCGUUUGCAAAAAAUAUAACGGUCCCGGAACCCUUGAAGCUUGACAAUUUGACCUUGAAGUCUGGUACGGCGAGAAGCAUCGAGAUCGCGAUCAAAGAAGACGUCUUGCCUCCCCGUCAGAUUGAGAAAACUCUGGACGAUCUCGCUCCUAGAAUCCGCGAAAUCGAAGCAAAAACACAAUUGAUAUUGAAGAACAAAACCGAAGUAAUUUAUCAAAUAUUGGAUAAGAUGAUGCAGGACACUGUUACACUUGGCGACGUGUAUUUGGAAGAACUGAUAAUCGACCAAAUGAAGGUGUACAACGUGAAUGACGACACGCAACAGGAAAAGUUUGUCCUCGGAACAAACUUAACAGAUCCGUUGGACGAACUUAUCGUGCGGAACCUUCAAGUUGAUUCGCUCUGCGGAAUACCGCGGCAAUACUGGACAUUACGAAAUAACGGAGAAAUCACACUCGCCAUCGCGAACAGCUCCGUUGAAUAUUCGAACGACACUGUUAUAGUGCAUUCCGAUCUGACGAUACCUCACUUGAAAAUCAAGAGUUUAAACGGAACAAUUGUUGAUGAAUUAAUGAACGAUCUGUUCAUCGUUAAUCGUUCUCAGAAGAUUAAUGGUACAAUCACGUAUGUAAACACGCUGCAAGUUACAAAUCUUUCGACAUCCACGUUGAACGGUGUUCCCGCUGAUCAAAUCAUGACGAGAACAACGAAUCAAAGCUUCGGUGAUUUCUACAUAAGGAUAUUGGACAUUGUUAAUCUGGAAGCGGACGCGAUUAACGGGGUGCCAGUCGAGGAAGCUGCGCGAAAGUCUCGGGAAAAUAUUAUUAAAACUCCUGUGCGUCUGGCAAAUCUUUGUGUCACCGAGAAUCUCAUAGUUGAUGCAAAUGCGUCGCAGAUACUAACAUCCGACCUGCGACCACUUCAGAUUUACAAGAACGUCACAUUGAUGGGUGAUCUUCAUCUUCGCAACAUCAGAAUCGGCGAUGCGGCGGCGCUUUAUGUGAAAGGUCUUCCGAUAAAUGUGACCGACAUGUUCGACAACUUCUGGACGAAGUCCGGCGAUCAAACGAUCACAGAGGAAAUCACGUUCGAAGAGGGUGUCGCCAUCGACAAGCUCGACACGAAGUAUCUGAACGGUUUCGAAGAGAGCGACUUCUUGUAUACCACCGCGAAGGAGAUUCCGAUUGAGUUCACCAACUUACAUUUCGAGAAUCUUUACGUCGACGAGUUCUUCCGCGAAAGCGAGCCCAAUGUCAGCUUUUUCCAAGUCGAAACGGACUUGAUAACGAUCCGAGAGAAAAUGUACGUGGAACAACUCACGGCAACGGAUAUUAUUACCGUCACUUUCAACGGUAUCGAUGUAGACGACAUCAUGAAUGGGAAUUCAGCGACUUACGCGGAAAUUACAGAAAUUCCCGCUAUUCGCGCGCGUCAAGUGUUCGUCGACAAUCUCGACGUUCAUCUUCUCAAUGAUCGCGAGGUCUUAUUCGAGAACGGACUUUGCGUCAAGGAUUUGCUGUUUGUGGACAUCUUGAAGACGUCGGAAUUCCAUGUACAAAGCUUGGAAGUGGAACAAUUAAAUAGAAUCAAGAUGGAUCUUUUGACGAAGGUGAAAGAUCGGUUAGGGAUCGAUAUGAAUGAUAUCGUCAUUGAAGGCGACUUGACGGUGAAGAACCUGACGGUCGCUCAAGUGAACGGACAAUCGUCCGAGAGUUUCUUGCACGAAUUGACGCAACAUGAUAUCGUGACGAUAUCGGAGAAAAACAUCGAUAGCUUAAUCGUUCACAACAUAACGCUGGAGUCUCUUCAAGGCCAGAAAUUUGACGAUCUGAUCGCCAGCGUUUUGUCAAAAUCGACGAAUCAAAUGAUACCGGGACGCUUCUCGGCUCGCGUUGUCACUUCCAACAAUGUCGCAAUGAAUUUCAUCAACAAGAAGAACGCUUCGGAACUGAUGUGGGUGGACACAUCCUUCGUGCUUGCGGGAAAUGUGACGUUCUCUGAUUUGAUCGUCGAGGGCGACGUAAUCACUUCGAAGAUGAACGGACGCCAAGUGGACGAGUUAUACGAGAGUCUCUUGUUCGUCCCUGCGAAAAACAUCGACUUUCUGAAAGUGAACGGGAAUCUUUCCUGGGACGUGUCUUCGACCAAUUCAGCCGCUGUGUCUUACCUGCUGGAAAACGCCGUGACCAAAGACGGGGACCAGGUUAUCAACGGCAAAGUGACCUUCACAGAGGACGUUCGCGCUUGGGCGGUCACGGGUUCGUUCAACGAGAUCAAUCAAAUUCGAAGUAUAAUAUCAGACGCCGUGAUCGACAAUAAAGGGCUCGUCGAAAUCGCCGGAAAUAAAUUCUUCGAGAACGACUUUGUCGCGAACAGUUUGACGGUAAACGAUAACCUGGGUAUCGCCAAUAUCAACGACGUGAAUAUUCUCGAGUUCAACGACUCGAUUGUCAGAAAGAAUCGCGAGGACGCGAUUGUCGGCCCGUUGAUAUUUCACACGGACGUCACGAUUGAAAAGCUUCGCGUGAACGACGCUGAUUUUGACGCAUCGAUCAGAUCCGCGGCGCGCUCCAACGACGUGAUGCCGGACAACAUAAUCUUCGAAGAUCUCACGGUGCUGGGCGACGUGUGUCUCGAGAGACUGAACGGUAUAAACUUCACGGACUUCGCGAGAAAUCGCGUAACUCUUAGCGGAAAUCACAACGUCAUGUGCGACUUGAACUUCAACGGCGUCGUUACGGUAACAGGCAAUGCGAAUGUAAAAAGGAUCAACAAUAUCCUCCCGUCUGACUUUGUUCUUGAUAAGGCCGACAAGCCGCAGUUGAUAAAUGACGUGAAAACUUUCGAAGAGGUCUUGGUAGUCGACGGAGACGUUACCGCGCCACGAAUCAACGACGUUAAUUUGAUAGAAGAACACGAUGACGGUGUGGAAAAUGAUCAGGAUGUCGAAAUCUUUGGCGAUCUUAUCUUCAAGGCGGACGUUCGCGUUCGAAGUAUGAACACAUCCGGUUUGGUGAACGGCAUGAAUAUCCGUUCGGCCGUGAACGAUUCGAGAAGAGCGUUGAACGAAACCGUUCAGCAACUGGAAGAACAUUGGAAGACAAUCACCAAGAACAUGCUGUACAUCGAGCGAGUGUCUCCAACUUUGCCCAGCGUUGUUGUUUAUCUGGAGACGAAUGAAGAACUGAUGAUACCCGGCAACAACGUCAGCAAGGUCGACGUGGUGUACUUGCGCAAUACGGUCAGACUGAACGCGUACAGCGAACAGUCAGGAAAGUUCUGCGAUCUGCCGGACGACGACUGUCCGUGUUUCUACGAGACCGUGAUCGAUCUCACUGACAAAGAUGUGCGAUCGUGGCGAAGAAAACCCGGAGAGAUCGUGAGAAACUUCCCCGGCGUCAAACUGACGUCGAACACCGUUUCGAGCAGCGAGAGAUGCACUUCCACGAGAAUCGAGGAAUUUACUACGAUCUCAUCGACGGAAGAUAUUUCCAAGUACGCUUUUAAUAAAAUAGAAGGAUACCUGAACGAUGCCGUGACAUUCACUUACGACGACGACGUUUAUUUAAUCCUGGCGAUGUAUUACGACAAAACACACGGGACGCAUCAAACAAACUCCUUGGUUUAUAAACUGGAUUCGGCAGCGGGAAACGUGACGUUGAUUCAGGAAAUUCCUACGGACGGUGCCUGGUCAAUUAGGAUCUUCGUAAUCGACAGUCAGUUGUUACUUUUGAUCGGCUGUGUCGGCACGUCUUCACAAUCUUUGUUAUUCAGAUUCGAUCCCGUUACGCAAAAGUUCGAAGAACUGAGAACGUUCGCGAGCAGAAGUCGACACGUGCAGAGUCUGUCGCAGGAAAAUGAUCAUUUCGUCUUGCUGGACAAUCCUCAGACGAACGCCGUGAAUAUUUACAAGUACAACGCUACGUCUCGGAAUUUCGACUUUUAUCAAGGCAUUUUUCACGUCCGCCCGGUUACCGGAAUCGAGUGCUUCUAUACAGAUAAAAUUGGCACCAGCGAUAUGUUCGCGAUUGUGACAACGCAGGGUGGACGAUUUUAUAUUUACGAAUAUAUGUUUGCCGGGAAAUUCCAAAUGAAACUGCAACACACGGUGGACGGAUUACAAACGAUGGUAACGUUCUAUCACACGAACCGUCAUUACAUCUUCGCCGGCACGAGCAACAAAACUACGAUCUUCCGAAUUGUCAAACAAUUGGCAAACAAUUAAAUUCGCGAAACAAAUUGCGUCAGAGAUUGGUCGCAAUAGACAGAGAAUCUUUGUUCAUGCAUGCAUAUAUAUUUAAGUAUAAUUUUCAACGUAUAUUUAUUAUAAAUGUGUACAUAUCAAUUGUAAAUCGAUAUAUACACAAAAAAACACACUUAGAGUGUAAUAUUACCUGGUUAAUAACUGUGCUAGUCAAGACUGUGCGCGACACAGCAGUUUGUUGAUCGUUUUAUUAUUAUUUUAGUUUUUCUAUAAUUCUUUUUGUUACAACAUACUUCCGUUGUUAUUUUUUGUUUCUUAGUAAUACACGCGAUAUAGUGUUACAUCUCUCUUAUGUAAGUUCUAUAAGUGAUAUUAUAAGAACUGUAUAUGGGAAUAAAAAAAAAAAAAAAG